ACAAUUGCACCGACACCACUGAUUUCUAACAAAUAAUUUUUUAAUAAACCAUAAAACCCACAAGUCGUACCCACCAGCGGACUCCACCGCGUUCCUUCUAUAAGCCCUCUGCUCAACUGCCAAUUAACUUUCUUUAUCAUUGCUUUAGAUCUUUAUCAAAGCGUUUUACUGCGUUUCUCUUCUAUCUUCAUAGCCGUUAGCUAAGUCCUGCUAUUCCUUUCUCUUCUCUGUACAUCUUCGCUCUUUCCCUUCUCGUUCCGUGCUGAAUUGUUCCCCUCCGCCCCCAACCACAAAAUCUUUGUUUUAUUGAAUACGUAGCUGAUCCUGAUACAGAUCUAGGGUUUCCGAUCUCUGCGUUGGGUCGAUUAUUCCUUGUAGAUCUUAGCUUUAGUCCUCUUCGAUUUGGCGAUCAGUGAUUAGGUUUUCGUAAAAAAAUUACCAAUGAUUUUAGAUUUUCUAUGAAUUACGCAAUGUUCAUGCGUCGAGUUCGCAUUCUCCACUCCUUUUCGGUUGUGUUUCUCUACUGGUUUUACGUGUUUUCAGAAUUAAUUUCUUUGUGUUAAACCUGUUGUAAAUUUUGAUCCCUAUUUCCCCUUUUAACUAACUAUCAAAAAGCCCUAAUUCUAACUCAAUUUGAUAGAUAAUAUCCAACAUCUAGUAGAUUAAUUUUUCUGUUUGAAAUUUCGGGAGACAAAAAAAGUUCUGCAAUGCAAAGGCAGGCAGCGAACUCUGGAUCUGAUUCUGAUCCACGUUAUGCCAAUAUCGAUGAAAGGAAAAGAAAGAGGAUGAUAUCAAAUAGGGAAUCAGCCAGACGUUCCAGGAUGAGGAAGCAGAAACAGAUGGGGGAUCUGGUUAAUGAAGCGAGUCUUUUGCAAAAUGAGAAUGAUCGAUUGAGGCAGAACAUCAACGACAACACUCAACGGUAUGUGGAAAUAGAAUCCGCCAACAGCGUUUUGAGGGCUCAGGCUAUGGAACUGACCGAGAGGCUUCUGUCCUUGAACUCGGUGCUCCAGAUCGCGGAGGAGGUUAGCGGCCUCGCAGUGGAGAUCCCAGAGAUACCUGACCCCCUGCUGAAACCAUGGCAACUGCCUUUCCCCGUACAGCCGAUCAUGGCAUCUGCAGAUAUGUUUCAGUAUUGAUAUUGCAUCUGUUUAGUGAGUUACUGGUAGCUGAGACUUAUUACCUAUCUGGGUGUUCCUUUUUUGUUAUGGGUUGGUUUGGUGUGCUGUGCUGUGGUUUGGUGUGUGAGGCGAAUGUUAGUCUUUUGUGUCUUUGGGAAUGCAGUUGUAAUGUGAUUUGCUUGCUUGUUAACUUCUAUUUCUAUCAAUGUUUGUAGUGGUUUAUGAUGCACUGGUUGUUGCCAAUAGCUUAGAUUUCCGUAACGAGUUUCUUUUUGAUA